ACUGUGCGGAUCAAAAUAGUCGUGUUGUCGAGUUGGAAAGUAUUGCAGAAAUUUUACUCUUUUUACUAAGAUAUCAAGCUAAGAUCUCUCUAAAAUGGUCGAUGAAAGCACCAGAAAGACUCUAGCCAGCAUUCCCUUGCUGCAAACGCGCGCGGGUCCGCGUGACAAGGAAUUGUGGGUGAAAAGGCUGAAGGAAGAGUAUCAAUCCCUGAUAAAGUAUGUGUCCAACAACAAGGAUGCUGAUCUGGACUGGUUCAGGCUGGAAUCUAACAAGGAGGGCACAAAAUGGUUCGGGAAGUGCUGGUACAUUCACAAUCUUCUCAAGUAUGAAUUCGACGUGGAAUUCGAUAUUCCCGUGACUUAUCCAGCCACAGCCCCUGAAAUUGCGCUCCCGGAAUUGGACGGAAAGACAGCCAAGAUGUACAGAGGAGGGAAGAUUUGUCUGACGGAUCACUUCAAGCCACUCUGGGCGAGGAAUGUGCCCAAAUUUGGAAUUGCGCACGCAAUGGCACUCGGGUUGGCUCCCUGGCUCGCUGUCGAAGUGCCAGACUUAAUCGAGAAGGGCGUGGUGAAGUACAAGGAGAAGGAUGAAAAGUAAUUCAUCAGCAUUUAAAGUAUGUUUUCCAUGCGAUUUAUAUUGUGAAAAUUAAUUAUAUUGCCUGAA